GCCCCGGAGCCCGGAACGCGGCCUUAGCAACCGGCCGGGGCCCCACUCUCCCGCAGCCGCCCGCCGCCUCCUGCGUGCUCCACCUGCUUUGCGGGGGCUGGCCGGGCCCUGGGAAGGACCGAAGGGGUCCCAACCUGUAACCCCCGAGGCAGCUGCAAGAGGAUCUCAGCAUGGAGGGCGGCCGGAGAGUUCGAGCAACGUCUGUCCUUCCCCGAUUUGGCCCACCCUGCCUGUUUAAAGGACACUUGAGCACCAAAAGUAACGCUUUUUGCACUGACUCCUCCUCUCUCAGACUAAGUACUCUCCACCUGAUCGAGACCCACAUGGCUAUUCACUAUAAUAAAAUCCUUUCCGCCAAAGCUGCAGUAGACUGCUCAAUUCCAAUAAGCUUGACUACCAGCAUCAAAUAUGCAGAUCAACAACGAAGGGAGAAACUGAAAAAGGAAUUAGCACAAUAUCAAAGAGAUUUCAAAUUGAGUAAAACUGCAGGGCAAGCCAAAUCUAAAAAUAAUUCUAGGUCAUUAUUUACUGGUCUUGAAAAGCCCUCAGGGGAUCCACAAGUUGAGGAUGAGAAGAUUGGAUUUAAUUUUGUGAAAGAAGUGAAUAGAUUUUCAUCCUUUCCAAGGCCACUGGUAACUUCUUCAGAGAGUCUGUGCCUAAAUCUGCCUAAAUCCAGUGAAGUCUUCAGUACUGGUACCAAAAAGCAUGCCAGUUCCUCUCAGUCCAUCACGGAUUACAACGUCUCUGAGCCCAGAAAACCAUGUUCUAGAGUCAAAAAUGUCAGACGACCCAAGAGCACAUUCUCAAAUUCCCACCGUUUUCAGUUAGUUAUCUCAAAAGCGUCCAACGGUGACCUUCUAGAUAAACAUUCUGACCUCUUCUCCAAUACUCAGUUGCCAUUCACUCCCCGCACCUUAAAAUCAGAAGCAAAAUCUUUCCUGUCACAGUAUCGAUACUAUACACCUGCCAAAAGAAAACAGAAUCUUGCAGAUCCGCAGACUGAAGCUGAAACCCAGGCUGAACCAAACAGCCUUAAGUCUGAUUGUGAUGCAGCUGCAGAUGAAAAUGUCAUAGACUCAGAAUUGGCUCUACAGCAGGUAUCUAGUUGUCUGACAUAUAAAGAAGAAGAAAUAACCCAUCUACCUUUGGAAAUACAUGGUUUAGCGUGGGACAGCAUUAAAAAUGACACUCCUCAGUAUUCCUCAAGCACGAUAUGUCAGUAUUCCCUGAACUCUCCUCUAGGAAGAAAAAGUUUCACUGAUAAAGAAGAAUUAUUGUAUCUGAGUUUCAUUGAAAAUAUAACGGAGGACAUUUUGAAAGUUGGUUUAUUUUCAAACAGGUUUUUAGAACAACUGUUUGAGCGCCACAUAAAACAAAAUAAACAUCACUUGGAGGAGGACAAAAUGCGUCAGAUGCUGCAUAUCCUAAAGGUGGAUUUAGGCUGCAUAUCCAAGGAAAACUCGGUCACCAUAAAUGUUGGUAUGUCGAAUUUAUCGGAUUUCGAAACUGAUGGAAGUUCCAAACAAGAUGAUUCUAAAACCGAACAGGAUAUAGAAUUGCAGCUGGAACGCAAGCAGUACCUAAAAGCCCUGGACAUGCUACUGUCCCUGCCAAAGGAUGAGAAUGAGCUGUCUUCGCCGAGUGACUUUCACCUGCCCCCCCAUAAAUCCAAGUCUUCUGAAGAGGUCAUCGUCCAGCAGGUGAAUGACGAACCCACGUGGGACCCUUUAAAGUGGGUUGAAAGAAGUGCCGCUGUGUCAGACAGCCCAAGGAACCAGGACGCCUGUGUGAACGUUGUGGUGGUCGACAGCGACUGCGAGGAGGCGGAGCUGUCCAGUGAAUUAUGUUGCCUCGAUACAGCCCUACCCCAACCCGAGGAGCUGUGUGGUGUCCAGGAUGACGACGACACGAAACUCACGGAGGAACUGUCUCUGGAAAUCAUAGAGAUCAGCACCCAGAACUGCACUCCAGUCACUGAUCAGCAUUGAUACCCCUGAUGACCAGUAGUGUAGUUCAGUACUCCUUUUCACCCUUUUUUUUCCCCCUUAGUAGGAUUUAUACAUUCAUUUUCCUGUGAUGUAUAAUAAUAAAUUACAGUAAUUUAGCAGCUUAAAAUACUA